AUAUAUAGCCAACCGAGAGCGCGCUCCGUGCUUCUCACAAUCUGCAAUCUCUUGCUGGGCAAGGAUCGUGCAAGGACAAUACAGGGACUGUCAGACACAAACCUCCAAUUCCCAAUAAAGUGAUCAGCUUUUAACCAUGACUGUUAAAUCUAGCUCUUCGGGAUCUACUCUCUCUUACUCCAAAAUGAGAGGGAUGGUGGCCACGAUACUUACUGCUUUCAUGAAACAAAGGCGAAUGGGGCUAAACGAUCUCAUCCAGAAAAUAGCAGCCUCCCAGUCAUACGCCUGCAGACACUCAGAAGUCCCGGCCAUGUUUCACGUCAAUCCAACAGGCACUGAACCGAAUGGAGAGAGUGCGUCUCCUCCACCCAGCCCAACAACCGCACAGAUCAACCUCGGUCCUUCCUCUAACCCUCAGGCCAAGCCAAGUGACUUCAACUUUCUAAAGGUGAUUGGAAAGGGAAGCUUUGGAAAGGUCCUCCUUGCAAAACACAAAUCUGAUGACCAGUUCUACGCUGUAAAAGUCUUACAGAAAAAGGCCAUUUUGAAGAAGAAAGAGGAAAAGCACAUCAUGUCGGAGCGUAAUGUCCUGCUGAAGAAUGUGAAACACCCUUUCUUGGUGGGACUCUACUACUCAUUCCAGACAGCCGACAAACUCUACUUUGUCCUGGACUACAUAAAUGGAGGCGAGUUGUUUUAUCACCUCCAACGUGAGCGUUGCUUCCUAGAACCACGAGCUAGGUUUUAUGCUGCUGAGAUUGCCAGUGCUCUGGGCUACCUCCAUUCUCUUAACAUUGUUUACAGAGAUUUAAAGCCUGAGAAUAUUUUACUUGAUCGCCAAGGGCACAUUGUUCUGACUGAUUUUGGCCUAUGCAAAGAGAACAUUGAAUCAAAUAGCACAACAUGCACUUUCUGUGGCACACCUGAGUACUUGGCCCCUGAGGUUUUACACAAGCAGCCCUAUGACCGAACAGUUGACUGGUGGUGCCUGGGUGCAGUUCUUUAUGAGAUGUUGUAUGGAUUGCCGCCUUUCUAUAGCAGGAACACAGCUGAGAUGUACGAUAAUAUUCUGAAUAAGCCACUACAUUUGAAACCGAACAUCUCCAAUGCUGCCAGAGACCUGCUGGAGGGUUUACUGCAAAAAGACAGAACAAAACGCCUGGGUGCAAAGGAAGACUUUAUGGAUAUCAAGGUUCACAUCUUCUUUUCUCCAAUAAACUGGGUUGAUUUAAAUGCCAAGAAGCUAACACCUCCGUUUAACCCUAAUGUGAGUGGACCUUCUGACCUGCGACACUUUGAUCCAGAGUUCACAGAGGAGCCAGUUCCAAACUCAAUUGGCAGAUCACCUGAUAAUGCUCUGAUUACUGCCAGCGUUAAGGAAGCAUCUGAUGCUUUCCUGGGAUUCUCAUAUGCUCCACCGAUCGACUCCUUCCUGUAGUGAAUCAAUAAACUGAAUUUUCUCAUCGGGUUUACCUUAACUGAGCUCUAUGUUCGGUUUACCAAGAAAUGGGACUUAGCUGGAAGGAAACCUACACAUCUCAUUGGCCUUCUAUUCCAUUUCUGAGGUGAUGCUGAAAUGCUCGAGGAGCAUUUGUUGCUCGGUGGGUCUGGGAGAUGGCAGUGGCAGUACUGCACUGUUGCACACCGGAAGAAAGUCCAUUAAUCAAAGGGGCAGAGAAAGAACUUUCUGUUAUCCAUCCACCAUUUGAAGAUCUGUUAUUUAAACCUGACUUGAAAAGGAUGGUGAUUGUCUGAAGACUGUUAUUUCAGCUACAUGUGCCUUUUGCUGUCAGCAAGGUUGUGGGCAUUGGAUUGGUCAUGUUCAAGUGUUGUGUCACAACAUAUAGAAAUGUGAAUAAUGGUACAAGUGUGGUUUAAUCUUGGCCAUUGGACUUAAUGAUUGCUAUGUGGUUUAAACAUUGACUCAAGAUUUUGAUCGACACAGCAGGCACUAUACAAUGGGAUAUAUUCAUGAUGUCCAUGAGGUGAAAUGUCAUGAUACCAUCUCUAUAACUUAACCCACCCAUCCCAUAUACAAAUACACACACAUAUAAUUAAUCUCUGAAAUAGUUCACUACAAUAUGCUUGAAGCAUUGCUGCUAUAGGGUAGAACUAUAAAUUUUGUUUCUAGGACCAAAAUGCCUCAUUGUGGAGCCUGUCUUAAAAUUUCCAACUGGCUUCUAUGUGCUAGUAAUCCCAUAUGUAUAAAGUAACUUUGUUUUUGUUUCUAUUACAUUCCAAAUUUUAAUGGUCGUCUCAUUUCAGCUGUGCCUAUGUAAAGAAAUCUGUAUGUUGUGAUCUGUUGCUGCACUAGUUUUAAUAUGUAUAUUUAAGACAUUACCAGUAAUGUCAAUGUUUUUUCUGUAUAAUAGAUUGUAAUUUUAAUUUGUUUUGAAAUGUUCACAUUCCUGAACUAAGGUUGAGUUUGCAAUAAAUGUGAAAUAUUUUAAAAA